UCCGGAGCUAACAUGGCUUCGAAAGGACGGGACGAGAGUUUAACUGAGGAGGUAAUUUGUCCCAGCUGCCAGGAUUUCUUCACCGAUCCGGUCACUCUGGAAUGUGGACACAACUUCUGCCGCUCCUGUAUCACACGGUGUUGGGAAAGGGAGGAGAGAAACUCCUGUCCGGAGUGUCGAGCUCUGUUUGCCGACCGGACCCUCAGGCCAAGACGACUCUUAGCAAGACUGGCUGAAAAAGCUCGAAAACUGCACCUGAAGCCGAGAGAGAAUGAAAGUAAACUUCACUGCGAGGAACAUGAGGAAGAAAUGAAGCUGUUUUGUGAAACGGACAAGAAACUGAUCUGCGUGAUUUGUAAAUGUGCCCAGGAGCACAGAGAGCACCGCUUCCUGUCGAUUAGAGAAGCUGUUGAAAUCUACAAGGACCAGGUUAAAUCUUCAAUAGAAACCCUCACAAAAAAGAAAUCAGACUUUCUGGAAACGGAGCAGCAACAGAUACAGAAGAUUUCCGGAGUUCGGGAACAGUCUCGCCACGUUCAGUCCCACAUCACAGCCCAUUUUGCUGAACUGCACCAGAUUCUUGCCGAGAAAGAGCAGCACUUACUCAGAGAUCUCAAGGAAGAAGAGGAGAGGAUUCUAAAUCCAAUGAAGAAAAAUCUUCGUGAGAUUCAAGAGAAUUUAAAUUCUAUUCAGGAGGAAAUUUCAAAGUUACGAGCACGGAUGCAUCUAACAGACAGUGUGAGGUUCCUCAAGGAAGAAGUUCAUCAGAAGAACAGCAUUAGCGAUGAAGCCCCAAUGUUGUCAGUGACAGACGGUGCCCUGACGUUGGAGAAAUUCAAUAAUCUCUUUUCGCUAGAAACAUUGUUGAAAGAAACUUAUGUUGCCAUUAAGCAAGUCUCGGCGACCCUGGAUUUGGAAACGGCAGGUCCGGGGCUCGUGGUGUCGGAAGACCUGAAGAAAGUGAAAUGGACCAGGUCCACGCCAGAUCUCCCUGACACCGGGAAGAGGUUUACAAAUGGGGAUUAUGUGCUGGGAUCAGAGGGAUUCACAUCAGGAAGACAUUAUUGGGAGGUGGAUGUGGCGGGGAAUCGGUGGUGGAGGCUGGGAGUCGCCUCAGAGUCCGUGGAGAGGAAGAAAGGGAUCAAACUGACAACAGACAAUGGAUUCUGGAUCAUCUGGCAUCAGAAUGAUGAAAUUAAUGUGAACACCUCCCCUCCAUCCCGUCUCACUGCCAGUUCCAUCCCUGGGAGGGUGGGUGUUUAUCUCAGUUAUGAGUCUGGGACAAUUUCAUUUUACAACGCGGAGAAUAGAUCCCAUCUCCACACCUUCACCGCAAAUAAAUUCAUGGGAAAACUUUAUCCUUUCUUUGGAACUGUGGAUGAAAACGAGUGGGUCAGAAUCUGCUCUGUGCCACUACAGAUCUGUACACGGGUCGGGUCUGGGCAUCGGCGUCAGAUGCCGGGCUCAGGUUCUGUGAAAAACCUCGCUGUCACCAGAUUGGUGCUGAAAGGGUCCCUUUUAGUUCCCAAGUUCAGCACUGUGGUGAUCCAAUGAGCCCGGAAAUGGAAUGCCUGUAGAUAUAAAUGUUGACUUUUGUAUUUUGGUUGAUUGUCCAUUCUUAUUGAUUGUGGUCUUACAUUGAAUGUGUUAUGUUCCUUGGAUUUACUGACCAUGACUCAGGGUUGCAUAUGGUGACAUAUUUAUUUUGAUCUUGAAUCUGAAUUUACAAGACAUGUCAUCCGGGGACUUGGGUUUUAUAUAUAUAUUAAAAAUGGAACUGCAUGUUUACUGUCAUCCUAAAUGUGCCUUGUGCUGUGUAUGACUGUUGGUACUGUGUUUUGCCCUGCAGGAAAACUCUUUUGCCUGGCUGUAUUCAUGGGUAUUCAUGUAAGGUUGAUAAAUAAACAUGAACUUGAACUUUCAGUCCUGAUGAAGGUU